AUGAAGGGACACACACGGAAAACAUGUCCAAACUCACAAUCAAUGGAUAUGCAAAUGACUCACAGUGAAAACAAUGGUAAUCAAAAUAACUCAACAACAGAUAUGCAACAGGUAAAAGGUAACUUAAAUACCACUGGCACAUUGACUGACAAAAACGAUGACAUAACCGAUAAAAAUACUGAUACUGCUAUACAAAAUAAUGUGACCCAUCUAACAGAAAACAUUGAAACUGAUAUGGCUACUGGCUCAACCAAGAACACGAUAAAAAAGCGCACGCGUUCACAAUCGCCAGUGAGCAGAAAAACACAAAAUGGUGACAACAUAAAUAAUGAAAAUAACACUGAACCGAUCCUCAAAAAGCGCAACGAUGGAAAUGAAAAUGAAAUAGAAAUUAUUGAAGAAAAUAUUUCAAUUGAUGAAGAGAGGGUACAAACCCCUCCUUCCCCUCCCAUUGCAUCAUCUUCGCCUCCCGCACCCUCUUCGCCCUCCAAACCCCUUCCACAUGUUUAUGCAAAUGUGACAGUGUGUAACCCUGUGCCACAACCCGAUGAUACUGUGUUGUCUUCAUUUCCACCACCACCCUCACUCGAUUUCACUGCUACAUCUCCGCGCUACUCACCGCUUUCUGCAAUCCCACUUGGCUUAAGUGGGAUAACCGAUCAGUCUCAAGACGUUUUAAACACACCAAAUCCCCCAGAUCAAACGAAUGUCGAAAUGGAGGAAACUGUUAGUGAAUGUAGUGACAAUGAAGGGUCUACGAUAUCCGAGAUUUCAACGUGUACUGACAGUAAUGAAACAGCUAUAUCAAAUGAAAAUAUUAAAGAGUUUUUGGUGUCCACGCUGCAUUCUCGUAGAUUUAUAGACAAGUGCUUUGAAUUUUGCUUCAAUUCUGAAGAUACUUGCUAG